AAAGAAAACCAUUCCCCCAGCCCCCCCUCAUGUUUUCUUUCAUUGCGAAAUAACGUGAGCGAGCUACUACUACUACUUCGUUAUUGGCCUGAGCUUUUGUUUGCGUAGCUUACUCCACUGGAUUUUUUUUUUUUGAAUAAAAUAUUGAUGGAGGGAAUUGAAUGGAGCGAGUACGAGCGGCGCGUGGUUGACACGGUCAAAUGGUGCCAAGAACGGAACGAAAGCCCUCUGGUUUGGUCGAUGGAGAUGGGGAAGUGGGCGACCCAGGUUCCCAGCCCGGACUUGGGUCAAGUUUUGGUCUCCCAUCUUUGUUUUCAGAACAACACCCCUUCUCUCUGGAAGUUUCUCGAAGGAGCCAUGUCCUCUGGCCUCCUCUUCCCUCUUCAAGCUCUCUCUCUUCUCUCUGCCAGUAUAAUUCCUCACCGACGUUCUCAACCAGAGGCUUAUAGUCUUUAUCUUGAACUUCUAAGCCGAUACGCUCUUUCUUUCAAUCCAGUCGUAUCAGAUGUCUCCAGACAAAAGAUUAUAAAUUCUGUUGAUCGUGCUCUUAAGCUCUCUCAGAUAUAUGAUAUUCGUGUCUUGGAGCUUGGACAUGUGAUUGUGUUAUUCUUUUUCAGUAUUAUCAUUGGUUUGAUUGAUAGUGUAUUGGAUGAUUGGGGAUUACUACAGACUUCUCUAGAAAGACCAAGUUUAGCAUUUGGAAAUACUAAUAGCAAAGAUAUGGACAUAGAUUCCAAACAGAGUUACAAUUUACCAAGAAAAGAACAUCACGAGGAGAUGAGAACCAAGAAUUCCUUCAUGGCCUUGGAGGUACUGGGGAAAUUAACAGAAAGCAGCAAAUCUUUGCUUCUACUUCGACUUAUUCAUUUGAAUAUGCCUGAAAAAUUCAAUGGCCUCCUGUGUAGUCUACAGCUUUUUAAAGCCCAUCAUUUGGCAUCUUCAGAUUUGAACCCUGCUAUGCAAUUGUUGGCAAGAUUUUCUUCUAACAUUGAGAGAGUUAUGGCUUUUGUUCCCCGCUUAGACAAGCGCCAGCUCAUUGGAAUGCUUGUUGAUAAUGGACCAUGUAAACCAGUUUCUCAGUACAAUUUUGAAUCUGCUUUUUCUGCUUGCUGGGUUCCUUUAGAUAUUUACAUGGAAAAUGUAAUGGAUGGAAAACAACUUGUCAAAUCUGCUAUUGAUGUGAUUGCAGAAGUACUUAUAACACUCCAAAUACUUAACCAGGCGACAUGGCAAGAAGCUUUUCUUGCGCUCUGGCUUUCAGCCCUUCGGCUUGUCCAACGAGAACGUGAUCCUCUAGAAGGUCCAGUUCCCCACCUUGAGGCCCGUCUUUGUAUCCUUUUGUCCAUUGUCCCGCUGGCAAUUGCUAAGGUUUUGGAGGAUGAGAAUCAAGUGUAUUCAUCCUAUGCUCUUGGAAAUACUAUGUCUGCAUAUGAGACUAGUUAUGAUUACAAUAUCAAUGAGAAGGCUCGUGCUCUAAGGAAACAUGGAUUGAUUUCCUCACUCCAGGUUCUUGGACAGUUUUCUGGCCUCUUAUGCCCUCCUGCUUCAGUUGUUAAUGCAGCUAACCUUGCAGCUGCAAAAGCUGCUAGCUUUGUUCAUAAUUCAAAAAAUGAAAAAGGUUCAGGUUAUGGCAAUCAUGCUCAGGGCCUUGUGAAAGCAGGUGGAAACAUGAGACACCUUAUUGUUGAGGCUUGCAUUGCAAGAAAUUUAAUUGAUGCAUCAGCAUAUUUUUGGCCAUGUUAUGUUGCUGCAUCAGCUAACACACCAUCUGAUCCAUCACCCAAUCAAAAGUCUCCUUGGUCAACAUUUAUGGAAGGAGCGUCAUUGAGUGGUUCCUUGAUCAGUUCCCUUGUUGCUACUCCUGCUUCAAGUUUACAAGAGAUAGAGAAGUUGUAUCAUAUUGCAGUAAAUGGAUCAGAGGAAGAGAAGUCAGCAGCAUCUAAGAUACUAUGUGGUGCAUCUUUGAGAGUUGGAUGGAACAUUCAGGAACAUGUUGUGCGCUUUGUCGUCAAGCUCCUUUCUCCUCCAGCACCUCUUAAUUAUAGUGGGCCAAGAAGUCACCUGGUUGAUCAUAUGUCGAUGCUGUAUGCUAUCCUUAAAGAGGCUUCCUUGAUUGAUACUGUUCACAUACUUUCUUUGCACGGUGUGGUCCCUGAAAUUGCUGCUUCUUUAGUACCACUCUGUGAGGUUUUUGGAUCACUUGAACCUACAUCUAGAAACAAGUCAAGCAAGGGUGAUGAGCCCAAUGUUUAUAUGAUAUUUUCUUUAGCAUUCCUCUUUCUUCUUCGUUUGUGGAAAUUCUAUAGACCCCCUCUUGAGCAGUGUAUUACAGAUCAUGCAAGAGCAUUUAGAGGUGAGCUUACUCUGGAGUAUCUUUUGUUAUUGCGUAAUAGCCGCAGUGCAUCUUUUCAGUAUGAAACAAACAGCAAUCCGGAUCAUAUUGGAUGCAUCUCCGAUAAAGCAAUUUACAUUGAUUCCUAUCCCAAAUUACGAUCUUGGUAUUGUCAAAACAAAUCAUGUGUAGCGUCAACACUUUCGGGCCUUUCUAGUGAAAGCCCUGUUCAUGAAGUUUCUAAUAAGAUCUUAAACAUGGUGUAUUCCAAAAUGACUAUAACUGGAUCAUCAAGCAGUGGCUCCCCUGCAAGUACUGGAGAAGAUACAAUGCAGAGACCCAUGCUUCCUGCUUGGGAGGUAUUAGAGGCCAUUCCUUUUGUUCUUGAGGCAAUUUUAACUGCUUGUGCCCAUGGAAGGCUUUCUUCUCGUAACUUGACAAUAGGUCUGAGAGACCUUGUUGACUUUCUGCCUGCAUCUCUUGCUACUAUUAUCAGUUACUUCUCUGCAGAAAUUACUCGUGGUAUAUGGAAAUCAGUUCCAAUGAAUGGAACAGAUUGGCCAAGUCCACAAGCUAUCCUACUAACAGUUGAGAGUGAAAUUAAAGAAAUACUUGCUGCUGUUGGUGUCAACAUUCAAACAUGUUCAUACGAGGCUUCACAGAUAGUGCUUCCACUACCCAUGGCUGCUCUUGUGAGUUUAACCAUUACUUUUAAGCUUGACAAAAGUCUCGAGUAUAUCCAUGCUGUUGCUGGGCCAGCCUUGGAGAAUUGUAGCUCAAGUUGCCCUUGGCCUAGCAUUCCCGUAAUAGGUUGUCUUUGGGCCCAAAAGAUCCGUCGCUGGCAUGACUUCAUUGUCGUUUCAUGCUCUCGCUCUGUUUUUAGACAAAACAAAGAAGCUGUUGCCCAACUACUUCGAAGUUGUUUCACUGCAUUUCUUGGAUCGCAGCUUUCUGCAACCCCAUCACUGUCCAAUCAAAGCAGUGUGAAUGGUCUAUUAGGAUUUACUAUCUCUGCUUGUAGCAUUUAUCCUUUUGUAGCUCCUGGAUUUCUUUACCUUCGCUCUUGUCAGACGAUACAAAAUGUCCAAUAUGUGAACGGUGUAAUUGUAGGGCUUGUUGCAGAGUAUGCUCAGAAAUUAUCUGUGAGAUGGGAACGUAAAGAAUACCCUCGCUUGAAGUUUAGUCAAGCAUCUCUUUGCCUGGCCACUGCAAAGGCAAAGGAGGUGGCUACUCUUGGCGCAAGUCUCUUAUGUAUUGCUGGUGGGUUUCAGCUGGUCCAAGAACUUUACACUGAAACUAUCCCAACCUGGUUACUAUCAUCAAGUGAAGCGGAAUCAAAACAGGGGCAAGUGAGUGCUGUUUCCUGCGUGGUGGAGGGCUAUGCCAUGGCAUAUCUCUUGAUUCUUUCAGGCUCCAUCAUGUGGGGCGUACAAGCCAAACAGCCAAAUUGGUUAUUUACAAGAAGGGCACGCAUUGUUGAGAUCCACAUGGACUUUCUGGCUGGCGUAUUGGAUGGGAACAUAUCACUGGGGUGUCAUCCCGCUACUUGGAAAGCUUAUGUUUCUUGCUUAGUGGGUUUAAUGGUGAAGUUUGCUCCGGCUUGGAUUCAUGGAAUGAAGCCAAAAACCUUGAGGACAUUGGCUAGUGGCCUGAGAGGGUGGCAUGAAUGCGAGCUGGCUUUAUCUCUUCUUGAAAGAGGUGGGACUGCAGUCAUGGGAUCAGCAGCUGAUUUAGUAAGUGCUACUAGGUGACUUUUAUUUUGGAAAAAAAAUUGUAAUCUCAAUUAAAUUACUAAAUGUAGUGUAGAGUUGUUUUGGUUGUUCUCAGUGUUGAGGAUCCGAGUUCAAAUUGAUUUUUAAAUAAUAAUAUAAUAGACAAAUUUUUUUC